AUGCUUGGAACCUGCUGUCUUAUUUUCAUCAUCAUCUUGCUCCCUCCGCUUGGCGUCUUCUUUAUGAGGGGAUGUGGUGCAGACUUUUGGAUCAAUCUGUGUUUGACUAUAUUGGGCUAUCUUCCAGGUCAUAUUCACGCUUUUUAUGUACUCGUUAAGGACAGAGAAGAAAGACAGGCUGCUGCAAACCUGGGCCCACCUGUGUAUACACCAGUACCGCCUAAAUAG